GAAGUCACGUUGACAUGCAGAGGAAACUGGCAGCGCGUGUAUGUGUGUAUGAGUGAAGGUGUGUGGGUUGGUGCAGAAGGUCAGCGGUGUGUGUGUGUGAGAUUGAUUAAAUCAUGGUGUUUCUGACUCUUUCGUGUUGGAUCCGGAACCGAGGACCAGACCGAUACUGGAAAGUGCAGGAGCUUCUGAAGCACGCGCGGCACUUCAGAGGGAGGAAGAAUCGCUGUUACAGCUUGGCGGUGCGCGCCGUGCGCAGGGCGUUUGUUUACGCCUCCAAAGCGAGGAAAGCCAAACGGCGCAGCAUGAGGACGCUGUGGAUCUCUCGUGUGGCCGCAGCAUGUCGGGAACACGGCAUCAAAUAUCCCGUUCUGAUGUACAACUUGGUGCAGUGCAGUGUGCAGUUGAACCGGCGUGUGCUGAGCGACCUGGCCAUCACAGAGCCCCGCACCUUCCAGUCGCUGGUGGAGUUGGCGCGAGCUCGGCAGCAGGAGGGCCUCCGGGCGGCGCUGGGUGACGGGAAGGAGCCUCCGGGCGUGUUCUCACGCAUCACACAGCUGCAGUGAAGGACGGCCCUCACUCACGGCCAAUCACAGCGCAGACUCUCUACAGAGAUACUUCUGAAUCGGGCGUGCUGUCUGUCUCACACCGUGUGAAAGGGGUGUGUGGAUGAACCUGGAGAACCUAGUCACAUGAUCCUUCAUCACCCUGUCUGCUUUAAGAUCAUCAGAGACUGAAGUCAGGGUGUACAAGCAGAACAAACACCU